UACGGAGUGGUUUUUCUCUUGUUGCCCUUGUUGGUACCUAUAUACGGAAAGACGCGUAGAGACGCCAUUUUUCUGUACUUUGUAUUGAUCAUAAUUUAUAAGAGAACAAAGAGAAACAAAACUGGUUGUUGAUUGUUCGUGCAGCUCAAUUACAGCUGAAUGCGAGUCGAAAUGGACCUGAACGUGCCUGCUCGUUUUGAUCCAAAGAAAAAUCAAGUAGCAAAAGAUUGGAAGGUAUGGAAGAAACAAUUCUUGACUUAUCUGAGGCUGUCGAGUGGUUAUACCACUCUGUCCGAGGAAAAAAAAGCCUACUUGCUCCUAAAUUUGAUGGGCCCGAAAGCAGUGGAAGCUAUGGAAAAUAUGACCUUUGAAAAUCCGAACGACAGAGAAGACAUGAAUAUUUUACUCUCAAAGUUCGACGAAGUUUUCGAUCCUCUCCCCAAUGAGAUAGAAAAACGCUACAAGUUUUUUUCCAGGAGGAUUGAAAGAAAUGAAACGAUCGAUAAUUACGUCAAGGAUUUACAAAAACUGGCGAACAAAUGCAACUUUGGGAACCAAAAAGAAAAAUUCAUUAUUGACAUGCUCAUUCGUACAAUGGACAAGCAUUUGCGACAGAUGACUUUCAACAAGGAGGGCAUAUGUUUGGAAGAUAUUAUUGAAAGUAUCAAGCAGGACACUGUGAACAACAUGAGAAUGAAAAAGUUAUCAGAAAACAUGACCAAAGAUUUUAAAUUGUACAAAAAAAAAGAUGCAAACAUCGAGAAAAAUGCUUCAGAUGAAGUUAAGUUAUGUCCAAGAUGUAAUGUCAGACACCAGCCAGGGCCAUGUCAAGUCAAAGACAAUAGUAAUGAGCAAACAAAGCGUAUAUGCAUCAAGUGUGGAACCAAUCAUCCCUACAAACAGUGUCCGGCAUUUCAUAACACGUGCUGUAAAUGCCACGAGAAAGGACACUCUGCAGCUCAAUGUGAAAUACUAAAAACAACAAGAAACAAAAAACGUUUGUUAAACGAGCAAAGCCAUGCCCGCAGCUCUUCUCACAAUCGAAAGGGGAUUUCCCAUUCGUCGCUAGCCCCGUCAGAACAAAUGAGCAGACCUACCCAUUUAAGUCAUGGCUAUUCCAAUGCAACUCCAGCUCCUUCCAAUGACGCUCCUCCAAGUUAUUUUCAAUCUGAGGCUGAAUCAAGAAAUCGCUUGUACCCAUCAUUGGUAGAUCCUCAAAAUGAUCAUAGAGUCUAUCAUCAAGCUUCUUACUGUCAAUCAUGUAAAAACAAUCCUCUUGCGACCUGUUUUGUUUGCAAACGCUCAAGUACCAACGUUGGAAGAGCAAAUGUGUUAGGCGAAGAAAGUUUCGUUAAAGUGGAACAUACCUAUAUAAGUCAAUACCGUUCACCAGCACCAGCACCAGCUCAAACAUCACAGAUAAAAAAUCAACCAUAUCUACCGAGUUAUGGGUCAUAUAAUAAUACAAAAAAGAAGAACGAUGCCUGCUGUAUUUCUUAA